AUGGAUUUGGCACAAAUUAGCUUUAUCCCAUUAAUCAACUGUUCGGCUUCGAAUUGCAUCUACGGUAUACAAUACGGCGAUCAAUCGUUCUCCGUCGGGUUUCUCGCCAAGGAGAAAUUUACACUAACGAACUCCGACGUCUUCGACGGCGUUUAUUUCGGUUGCGGCGAAAACAACCAAGGACUUUUCACCGGUGUCGCCGGACUUCUCGGUCUUGGCCGUGAUAAGCUCUCAUUCCCUUCCCAGACGGCAACGGCUUACAAUAAGAUCUUCUCUUACUGUCUCCCUUCCUCCGCUAGCUACACCGGUCAUCUCACCUUCGGAACCGCUGGAAUCUCCAGAUCCGUCAAAUUCACACCGAUCUCCACCAUAACGGAUGGGAGCUCCUUCUACGGUCUCGAUAUCGUCGGAAUCACCGUCGGCGGUCAGAAAUUAGCGAUUCCUUCAACCGUAUUCUCUACUCCGGGAGCUUUGAUUGAUUCCGGAACCGUUAUCACCCGUCUCCCGCCUAAAGCCUACGCGGCGUUACGGAGCGAGUUCAAGGCGAAGAUGUCAAAGUAUCCGACCACGUCGGGGGUCUCGAUCCUGGACACGUGUUUCGAUCUCAGCGGAUUUAAGACUGUGACGAUCCCGAAGGUGGCGUUCUCUUUCAGCGGUGGCGCCGUCGUGGAGCUUGGCUCGAAAGGGUUAUUUUACGCGUUUAAGAUGUCGCAGGUUUGUUUGGCGUUUGCGGGGAAUAGCGAUGACAGUAACGCUGCCAUCUUUGGAAACGUUCAGCAGCAAACGCUAGAAGUUGUGUAUGAUGGUGCGGGUGGGCGGGUCGGGUUUGCUCCAAACGGGUGUAGUUAAUUGUAAAAAAAAAAUAUUAUAUAUAAAAAAUGGGUAAAUGUUUAAAUUUAUGGAUUUGGCACAAAUUAGCUUUAUCCCAUUAAUCAAGUGUGUAAUUUCAAUUUGGGUAAAGACUAAAGAGCGUGAUGGUCUCUCAAGUAAUUUGCACAGUAAUAACUAAUAAGUUUGUAUGGAUUAUACAACAAUUACCAGAACAAACUGUUUAUUUGUA